AUGGCGCGAUUCCGAUUUUUUUAAGGAGUCGUGAGAAUCGCAUGAAUCCGAUUCCGGAAUCGGAUUCCAUUUUCGAUUCACCUGACAGAUGAAUCGAAAAAUGUGAAAUCUGACUCUUUUCAAGCAGGAAUCGCAAAUGUAAUAUGAUUCGCGAUUCCGGUAAUUUGAUUCUCGCGACUCCGAUAUUUCGAUUCUCGCGACUCCGAUAUUUCGAUUCUCGCGACUCCUCAUUACGAUUCUCACGACUCCUCAUUACGAUUCUCUAGACUCUCACAAUGAACGAAAUCACCCAAAUUCAAAUUGGGCUUUUCUACAAUCCGCGGGUUGCAUACUCUCUGCCUGUUCUUAUCACUCCUGGUAGUCCUGGUAGGCAAAACAUUCCUCUGUGCUAUUAAAAAUACACGGAUUUCGAAGUUUUUAUGUAAAAAGUCCAACUUUUUCGAUUGUUCGCGGAUGCUGGUGAACUUGAAUGUGGUCUCAAAUUAAAGACAGUGGAAUUCCCUAUCGAUUGAUGUAUAAUUUUUAUCAUUUCGCGUAAAAAUAACGGUUUUAUGAAUACUUUUAUCCACCGUUUCUUCGUAAUGUCAACUUUGAACUAAAAAUACUCGAAAUUUCGAUCGAACACAUAGGUAUUUUACUAUAUCAAAAUGUUUGUAAUUUUAUUCUCUUUAAAAUGGGUGCUCGCCCAAAGCUCUACCUUUUACCGUUCAAAAGUUUUCGAAGUUUAAAGUUGCGGAAACAAGCUUCAAGCGGUAAGUAUUGAACUUUGAACUAAAGUUCUAGAUUAGGGAAGUAUACGCAUACGCCAUUUUGGUUCGACACAACGGAUGUAAACAACAUCAGAGCGUAUGUAUGUAUACAAUCUUACGAGUAAAAAAUGCAAUUUUUUCGAUUGUUCGCGGGUUCAGGUGAAUUUUUAAGUAGUUUCAAGCUAAAGACAAUGAAAUUUCCUAUCGAUUGAUGUUAAAUUUUUGUUAUUUCGCGAAAAAUUGACGAUUUUAUGAAUACUUCUAUUACCCGAUUUUUUCAUACUAUAUGUGUCAAUUUUAAACUAAAAAUACUCAAAAUCUUCAGUGAACACACAGGUAUUUUAAUAUAUCAAAAUGUUCGUAAUUUCAUCGUCUUUAAAAUGGGCGUUUAUCGAAAGCUUUACAUGCAACCGUUCAAAAGUUGUAGAAGUUUAAAGUUGCGAAAACAAUGCAAAAACCAACCGCGGAUGGUAAGUAUUGAACUUUGAACUAGAAUUACUCAAAAUUUUCAACGAACACAUAGGUAUAUUAAUACAGCAAAACGUUCGUUAUUUUAUCCUUUUUAAAAUGGGUCUUUACCGAAAGCUCUACCUUCUACCGUUCAAAAAUUCUUGAAGAUCAAAGUUGCGGAAAGUGUUCAAAUUGUGUUAUCACUGUUAUCAGUCACUUAGUGUUGAUUGUAGAACAUUUUCCGCAACUUUGAUCUUCAAGAAUUUUUGAACGGUAGAAGGUAGAGCUUUCGGUAAAGACCCAUUUUAAAAAAGAUAAAAUAACGAACGUUUUGCUGUAUUAAUAUACCUAUGUGUUCGUUGAAAAUUUUGAGUAAUUCUAGUUCAAAGUUCAAUACUUACCAUCCGCGGUUGGUUUUUGCAUUGUUUUCGCAACUUUAAACUUCUACAACUUUUGAACGGUUGCAUGUAGAGCUUUCGAUAAACACUCAUUUUAAAGACGAAGAAAUUACGAACAUUUUGCUAUAUUAAAAUACCUGUGUGUUCACUGAAGAUUUCGAGUAUUUUUAGUUUAAAGUUGACACAUAUAGUAUGAAAAAAUCGGAUAAUAUAAGUAUUCAGAAAAUCGUCAAUUUUGCGCGAAAUAACAAAAAUUUAACAUCAAUCGAUAGGAAAUUUCAUUGUCUUUAGCUGGAAACUACUUAAAAAUUCACCCGAACCCGCGAACAAUCGAAAAAAUUGCAUUUUUUACACCUAAGAUUGUAUGCGUACAUACGUUCUAAUGUUGUUUACAUCCGUUGUGUCGAACCAAAAUGGCGUAUGCGUAUACUUCCCUAAUCUAGAACUUUACUUUGAACUAAAAAUACUCGAAAUUUUGAUCGAACACAUAGGUAUUUUAUUAUUGCAAAAUGUUCGUUAUUUUAUUCUCUUCAAAAUGGUUCUUCACCCAAAGCUCUAGCUUUUACCGUUCAAAAGCUCUCGUAGUUUAAAGUUGCGGAAAGUGGUUAGUGAUCAACAGUUCAACACUAACGGCCAGUAAUGGCGGACGGAUUAACAUACUGAAUUAACCACUUUCCGCAACUUUAAACUACGAGAGCUUUUGAACGGUAAAAGCUAGAGCUUUGGGUGAAGAACCAUUUUGAAGAGAAUAAAAUAACGAACAUUUUGCAAUAAUAAAAUACCUAUGUGUUCGAUCAAAAUUUCGAGUAUUUUUAGUUCAAAGUUCAAUACUUACCGCUUGAAGCUUGUUUCCGCAACUUUAAACUUCGAAAACUUUUGAACGGUAAAAGGUAGAGCUUUGGGCGAGCACCCAUUUUAAAGAGAAUAAAAUUACAAACAUUUUGAUAUAGUAAAAUACCUAUGUGUUCGAUCGAAAUUUCGAGUAUUUUUAGUUCAAAGUUGACAUUACGAAGAAACGGUGGAUAAAAGUAUUCAUAAAACCGUUAUUUUUACGCGAAAUGAUGAAAAUUAUACAUCAAUCGAUAGGGAAUUUCACUGUCUUUAAUUUGAGACCACAUUCAAGUUCACCAGCAUCCGCGAACCAGGGCUUAAAACCACCAAAACCAAAUAAAACCACCAUAACCAUUGUUUUUAAUUGGUUUUAACCACUACCACAACCAUUUCAACUUCUUUUUGUAAAUUUCAAAAACAACAACAACAAAAAACCAAUAUAUUUGAAAAAAAUGAAAACCAAUUCAUUCAAAAACAACCAUUUGGGAAAAAAAUUUGAAUUGAAACAACCAAAACCACCAAAAAGUUGUGUUCUUUGGAGAAAACCACAACCACAACAACCAUUUCAAUUUUCAAAUGUAACCAUAACCAAUUACAACCAAUUCAUGAAAUGGUUCUUUUUGGUUUUUGCAAUUUUUUUUCAAUUUUUCCAGACUUGUGAUGUAAAUUUUCUGGUUUUUUGUCUCAAAUCAUACUUUUAGUAGUCCUGAAUUAGUUUUUGUAUAAAUUUAUUUGAAAAUCAAAAUUGUUUUUGAUAUCAAAACCAUCACAACCACCAAAACCAUUUGAAAAUUUGAAAUGGUUUUUGAUGUGAAAAACCACCACUACCGCAAAAAAAACUACUAUUACAGAACCAAAACCACAUCCACAACUUAUUUAAAAAAAUUGAAACCAUUUCAAAACCAGAACCAGAAAAACUUUGAAACCUAAACCUUAAAACCAAUUGGAACCGUUAUGGUUUGUGAUUGGAAAACCAAUUCAGAAACCAUAACCAAAAACCAUUUACUUUUGAGUCCUUUAAAAACCACCUACCACAACAACCAAUAAAAUCCAAAUGGUUUUAAGCCCUGCCGCGAACAAUCAAAAAAGUUGGACUUUUUACAUAAAAACUUCGAAAUCCGUGUAUUUUUAAUAGCACAGAGGAAUGUUUUGCCUACCAGGAGUGAUAAGAACAGGCAGAGAGACCAGAGAGUAUGCAACCCGCGGAUUGUAGAAAAGCCCAAAUUUCUUUUAUCUAAUUUUUGCCGGUUGGCGCUGAAAAAUGGUUGUGAAAGUGAAUCUGAAUGAUGAAUUUAGAAUUUAUCAUUGUUUUACUAAUAACAUGGAGUUGUGAUGGGAAUCUGGCUGGAGUCGUGAGAGGAAUCUGGUUGGAGUCGUGAGAGGAUCCUAAGAUGAGUCGUGAGUGGAAUCUGAAUCGGAGUCGCGAAAGGAAUCGGAAUCAAAAAUUACGAUUCGGAUUCGGAUUCCUAUAUCUGGCGAAUCUGAUAAGCGGAAUCGGGACUCAAAAUUUUGUGGAAUCACACCAUUUGGAAUCCGAUUCUCAAGCUCCUGGAAUCGCGCCAACUCUGGCUGGUACUCAGGUUUAUGGAUUAUUUUUACUGGUAUGCGGUCUAAUGAUAGUCAACGAUAUGAGAUUGUUUAGCCAUUUUUUAGAAAGCAGAAUGUUUUGGCCUCCUUAUUUCAUAACUUUCAAUGGAUUUAUGAUGGCAUUACUCGCUUUAUUCGGUUUAUACGCAACGUACAACAGGAAUUACAAAUUACUGGUAACAUUCGCCAUUUCUGCUCUCAUCGUGUUACUAGUUGAAAUAGCCAUCGUUACCACCGUUUCGACGGAAAUAUCGGAUUACAAGGAAAAUAUCAAGAGAACCAUGGAACCAUCAUUGCAGGCCUAUCCUUUUCAAAAUAUCGAUAGGAAAGCAUGGAGUUAUAUUCAAAGAAAACUUAAAUGCUGCGGGAUCGAGAGACCGCAAGACUGGGGCGUAAUUUACGCCAGAAGCCAAGUACCAGCUUCUUGCUGCGCUAGAGUUCCUGACCAGGCUGAUGCUUUAUGCAUAAUUUCACCAGACCCAGAAAUCAUACAUCAGUACGGUUGUCAUCAAAUUUUAGUCAAAAGGUUAAACGAUCAUUGGUCCGUUCUUUCACUUUUGGCUGCUCUGGCUGCAUUACUUCAGGUUGUUAUUUUGGUAUUGUCAAUUCUCAUGGCAUUCUUGGUGAAACGAGAAAAACGAGCAAGGUAAAGGGAAAAACAAUGAUUAAGAAACGCACGAUUUCGAAGGGACUUGCUAUCUAACCUAAAUCCAAGACUGCCAUUGGAAGCUCCAGCAAGAAGGGAGCAACUCAGAUAUUUACUCGAGGUUCUUAGAUGAAACAUCGCUUCCCAUUACCUGACACUUUUUUGAAAUUGAGUAGAUGAAUAGGUAUCAACAUCAACCGUGUAGCUCUGACAUGCUCUUACUGAAAUAUUGUUGUCUAGGACUGGUUUUUUUAUUCGAAUAAUUUUUUUUUUACGAAUUACAAUCAUAUUUCUGUACAA